UAACGGAAAUGACGUUCACGUCAACAUGGCGACGCACACAUGCGCCUAUGUGUAUAUGUAGCGCUUUACAGUAACCUUGUAACUGUCAUCUAGUGGUUUGCGAAAAUGGAUUAGCCACAUGAACAUAAUUAGGACACGUUAUUGUGAAAAAUGUCAAGACUCUCGACUGAAGUUGUCAUGAAAUGUUAGAAUGACUCCUAUGACAACUGCGUGCUUAUCUGUUAAUAGAGGAGUGAUGGUUUCGUAUUUUGCUAGCUGUUAAAGAUAUUUUUGCCAUUUAUGAAAACUUAUAUCAGAGUAUGUGGAGCCUAAGUUAUUUAAAAGUCAUAGAUCGGGGACAUUUGCUGUCUCAAGGACUUCGUAGCAACUGCAUCACGCGUAUUAGAAAAGGCUUGUUUCUAUUAAGCAGAAACAAAUCUUUUGCAACUCAAAUACAAUCUGCUUCAAAACCACCCUGGAGAGUAUUGUUUUUUGGAAGUGAUGAUUUUGCACUGGAAUCAUUGAAACAGCUUCAUGUAUCCCGAGAUGACACAAAAGCUGAAAUCAUAGAUUCUCUUGAGGUCGUGACACUGUCCAGAGAUACUCCAGUCAGAAAGUAUGCAGAGCAGCACAGACUUCCACUUCACCAUUGGCCAGAUGUGGACUUAAGUGCACAGUUUGAUGUUGGUGUGGUGGUGUCAUUUGGUUGUUUAAUCAAGGAGAACAUCAUCAACAAAAUGCCACAUGGGAUCCUGAAUGUGCACCCUAGUCUGUUGCCACGCUGGCGGGGACCUGCUCCAGUCUUUCAUACGAUUUUACAUGGUGACAGUGUCACAGGAGUGACUAUCAUGCAAAUAAGACCUAAGAGAUUUGAUGUGGGCCCUAUUCUUCAUCAAGAGCUGUAUGAGAUUCCAAAGAACUGCACUGCGGAUGAGCUUGGAGCUACUUUGGCAGUUGUGGGUUCCAGAAUGUUGAUGGACAUUCUAAAACAUCUUCCUGAAAGGAUAGCGAACAGAAAGGAGCAGCCUAAGGAGGGUGCAUCAUUUGCACCCAAAAUCAGUUCCAGAAUGGCCUGGAUAACAUGGGAAGAGCACAGCUGUGACUACAUUGAUCGUCUCUUUCGAGCUAUUGGAUCUCGGAUUCCUUUGAAAACAAUGUGGAUGGGCAAUCCCAUCAAACUUCUGGACUUUGUUGGCAAAUGCAACGUGUUGUUUACAGCUGCUCCAUAUUUAUCUGCAGUACCAGGGUCUUUCCAUUAUCAGAAAGAAUCCAAUAUCCUACUUGUUCGCUGCAAGGAUGGCUGGGUUGGAUUCAAAGCUGUGAAAUUCAAGAAAAGGCUGUCAGCAGCAGAUUUCUUUAAUGGAUAUCUCCAUCAGAGCGUGCUGAAGAAAUAUCCCUCCUCAAACACCUCUGUUCAGAGUUAUAAAGACACAAGUUUGCCAGGAGGACAGGACAAUAAUAUGCUGCUACAAAAUAACACUUCACUUUGAAGCCUGGCUUUAUUGCAAUAACGAAAUGAAUAAUCGUAUAUAUCCAACUCUGUCAUGUUAUUGAAAACACUUCUGUCUGUUUUAGGACAAUGUUGUAUUUAGUAAUGGGCUGUAUGUGUGCGGGUCUGCACAUUUGUAUAGCCGUGUCGUGAGCGAAUGUCAAUACAGUAAAAUUAUUUUUGAGAGGUUAAUUUGAA